GCACUCGCACUGUCUCCAUCAAGCUUGCAGAGGGCUUUGCAUUUGGAUCUCUGCUUCCUUCCACCAUGAGCUGCAGCAUCAAGAGAACAUCCAGCACCUCGUACCGCAGCGGCGGUGGCGGUGGCGCUGCCUGUGGUGGCGGCAGCGGCCGCAGCUCCUCCGUCUCCUGCAGGCGCUACGCCUCCUCCGUCGUCGGCGGGGGCAGCUAUGGGGGGGGAGCCUGCGGCCCUGUCUAUGGUGGGGGCAUGAGCGCCGGCAGCCUCACUGGGGGCUUUGGCGGUGGCAUGGGAGGGGGCUUUGGGGGCGGCUUUGGGGGCAGCUUUGGGGGCAGCUUUGGGGGAAGCUUUGGUGCCGGAGGGGACCUCCUGCUCAGCGGCAAUGAGAAGGUCACCAUGCAGAACCUCAAUGACCGCCUGGCCGCCUACCUGGACAAGGUGCGAAGGCUGGAGGAAGAAAAUGCUCAGCUGGAGCAUCACAUCCGCGAGUGGUACAGGAAACAAGCUCCCAGUGUUUCAAAGGACUACAGCUCCUACUACCAGACCAUCGAACAACUCCAGAACCAGAUCAUUGCUGCCACUGUGGAGAACAACAAAAUAGUUCUGGACAUCGAUAACAGCAAGAUGACAGCUGAUGACUUCCGGAUGAAGUAUGAGAAUGAGCUGGUAAUCCGUCAGACUGUGGAGGCUGACAUUAAUGGCUUGAGAAACAUCCUGGAUGAUCUCACUCGCACUCGGUCUUCCCUGGAAUCUGAGCUUGAGACCCUGAAGGAGGAGCUGAUUGCUCUUAAGAAAAAUCAUGAAGAGGAGAUGAGGCAGCUGCACUCUCAGACUGGAGGUGAUGUGAGUGUGGAGGUCAAUGCUGCCCCUGGACAAGACCUGACCAAGAUACUGAAUGACCUGAGGAACGAAUACGAGCAGAUCAUUGAAAAGAACCGCAGAGAGGUGGAGCAGUGGUAUGAAGUCAAGAUCGAGGAAGUCAACCGCGAGGUCACUUCCAGCAGCCAGGACAUCCAGAGCAGCAGCCACCAGCUCACCGAGCUCAGGCGCGAAAUGCAGAACCUGGAGAUUGAGCUGCAGUCGCAGCUGAGCACGAAAGGCUCUCUGGAGAACUCCUUGGCAGAAACCGAAUCUCGCUACGGCUGCCUGCUGCAACAGAUCCAAGGGCAGAUCAACUGUGUAGAGGAGGAGCUGGCCAGCAUCCGCUGUGAGAUGGAGAAUCAGAACCAGGAGUACAAGACGCUGCUGGGCAUCAAGACCCGCCUGGAGCAGGAGAUUGCUCAGUACCGGGCUCUGCUGCAGGAGGGACAGCAGGACAUUGCAUCAUUUCAAGGAGCUCUCCAAGGAGGGGGAUCGUCCUCCCACACUUCUUACUCUACUUCCUACUCUCAUGGGCAAUCUGGUGACAAGGCAGGGCAGUCAAGAGCGUAUUAAUACACCACCGAUGCACUGGUCUUCCCUGAUUGAAGAAGCCAUCAGAGCACGAGACACAGGAGCACUGCUCCCCUGCCCAGCACACACUGCCCUGCACAUCUUAUCCAUGAAGUCAAGAUGAAUCAUUUCUAGAUCUCUCCUAAAAUUAUGUCCUUUUCCUUCAUGUGCAGUCACCGUACGCACAUGCACUUCUCUGCAGUGCAGUUGGUGAUCUGCUUUCUGCCUCUAAUAAAACUUUACUUUUCUGCAAUGCAAAGAAAA